CAUUAGUUAGCAUAGUUUGGAUCAUCCCGGAGGAAGAUAAGAGGUGAAAUGAUAUCCUCCUUGUCCCUUGGUUUUGCUUUGUCGCUUCAGAUUUUCUGUUGGUUUUCAAGGUAAAACAGAAAUGAUAUGGCGUGCCCAUAUGUUUUGGCACAUUUCUGUUUAUUGAGAAAAUAUGUCUGCUGAAGCAUCCCGCGAGGAGAAUGUGUACAUGGCCAAGUUGGCUGAGCAGGCUGAACGUUAUGAGGAAAUGGUGGAGUUCAUGGAGAAAGUUGCAAAGACAGUUGAUGUUGAGGAGCUGACUGUCGAGGAAAGGAACCUACUUUCCGUGGCUUAUAAGAAUGUGAUUGGAGCAAGAAGAGCUUCAUGGAGGAUCAUCUCUUCCAUUGAGCAGAAAGAGGAGAGCAGGGGAAAUGAGGAUCACGUUUCUAUUAUCAAAGAGUACAGGUCUAAGAUUGAAACCGAACUGAGCAAGAUCUGCGAUGGCAUCCUGAACCUUCUUGAGACACAUCUCGUUCCUUCUGCCUCGGCUGCUGAGUCUAAGGUGUUUUACCUCAAAAUGAAGGGUGAUUACCAUAGGUAUCUUGCUGAGUUUAAGACUGGUGCAGAGAGGAAGGAAGCUGCUGAGAGCACCUUGAUGGCUUACAAGUCUGCACAGGAUAUUGCACUAGCUGAUUUGGCUCCUACCCACCCGAUCCGUCUGGGGCUGGCACUCAACUUCUCUGUUUUCUAUUAUGAGAUCCUGAACUCACCUGAUCGUGCCUGCAGUCUUGCGAAACAGGCUUUUGAUGAGGCCAUCUCCGAGCUGGACACAUUAGGUGAAGAGUCAUACAAGGACAGCACUUUGAUCAUGCAACUACUCCGUGACAACUUAACACUAUGGACUUCUGAUAUCACGGACGAUGCUGGGGACGAGAUCAAGGAAGCAUCAACAAAGCAUGAAUCAGGAGAGGGUCAGCAAUAGUGUGUUCAUUUCUAGGAUGAUAUGUCUACUCUCUUCUCUGUGCUAUUAUCGUUUGAUGUCGUACCAUGGAUUCCAUGAUAUGGGGAAUUGUAGUCUCUGAUUUGAUAUGAACUCCAUCUAUGCUUUCCUCUAGUGUGGCCAGCCGGCACUGACGGUUUGUAUUCUCAACAUCUUAUCGAAAGCUCCUGGUAAUCGGGUUGAGAUAGUGUGGAUGGUGUUGGCUUUUUUAAUCGUAUGCACGGUUCUUUCUAUACCCUUUCACUCUUGAGGCUGAUUUCAAUUCUAUCGAAUAUUUGUUA